AGAGAGAGAGAGAGCGCUAGACUCCCUCUUAUGAAACAAGUUGGGUUGCAUAGUUAUAAAAGCAUUUCUUUGUACCCCUUUGCAAAUUUAGAUGACAUCUUAUGGAAAAAUUAUGGCAUUUUCCCAAGGGCUGCAUAAAGAUAUUGGACUCAGCAUUUUUCAAAACAAGUAAGCGCUCUUGUUUUAUCUAAUCUACAAGAGAAUUAAAAGAAUUAGUAAGCGGUUACCGCGGACGAAUUCAAGAAAAAUUCCAUUAGAUCCCCUUUUAGAAAAAGUCGUUAUCUACUUAAUUUAAAAUCUUAUCGUACUUCAAACUUUUUUCGUGAUCCUGAAUAUCUCCCUUCAGUAAAAGCACGAAUCCAAAAGGCAUCAUUAAGAGCUUCAGGUCCUGUAUAAACCAACCUCAUCCGCAAAACCAAGUAAAAGUUCGCAUCUUGGCCCGUUCAAUUAGAGUCGUCAAAUCGCUUUCAAGGUAUCUUUAGAUUUUGUGGCCUCACUUUGAACAGUAUCUGCAAAGUUUUUCUCUGUUUCGUCAUUUAAAGCCACAGCUUAUUGGCUUAAAGACAAAGUGGGUCUGCCUUGUGUUGUUCCGUGGGAUUGCCGUGUUAGUUUGGAGGGUGAGAAACAACAGAGCAGAACAGAGCAUGGAUGUCGGUCUGCCGCAAAUGCAGAGGAGGUUGGCUGAUUACAGGGUUUCCCUGUUCAGAGAGGGAAUUCUGGAUUCUCAGUACUUAGAGCUUCAGGAACUUGAAGACGAGAGCAACCCAGGGUUUGUGGUGGAAGUGCUGACUCUUUUCUUGACUGAUUCUGAGAAGCUGCUCCAUGAUCUCUCCAGUGAUUUAGUUCAGCAAAAUGUGGACUUCAAAAUGGUAGACGUUCAUGUUGACCGGCUAGAGGGCGGCAGCCGUAGCAUAGGAUUGCCGAAACUGAAGAACACCUGCAUAGCCUUCCGCAACCUCCGCAGCUCCUGUCAGGAGAAAAAUAUUCCCGGGUACCUGAGAUGUCUGGAGCAAAUGAGACAAGAAUUCUUCCUCGUGAAAAGCAAGCUCGAGACUCUUCUCGACCUGGAGCGACAAAUCGUGGCUGCUGGCGGGAAGGUCCCAAAACUGCAAUCAAGCUUUUGAAGGCAAUGAUAGGGCAAUGCUUUGAAGAACAUAAAAGAGGAAGAAGCGUACAGAAGCUACUAUACUUAGGCUCAGCAUGUGAAAUUACUAAGCUUGAAUGCUUGUGAUCAAGCUUAGUAAGUUUUUAGUUUUUCAUAUGGUCCAAACAAUUUGAA